AUGCUUUGUGAACCUACUUCAAGACCCCAAUCACCUUUCAUGCACAAAUCACCUCGCUCCCACUCCCACACUCAAUCACCAAUAUUUUCACCAACGAUGCCACUUACAUUCUCCAGACAAGUAUAUGGAACAUUUUCAACUUCACCCAUAACGAGUAUCUCCGGUCCUUCUCAACCUACACCUAUACAUCAUUCCCAUUCCGUUCCAUCAACACCUAUAACACUCACAUCUUCUUCAUCAUGUACUACGAUAACGACAAAUAAUUCUAGACCACCUGUGAUAACGCACAGUCAAUCGCACCGUAUAACGAGACCUAAAUCAAUGAAAAAACCAUCAGGAUCUACCUCUCAAAAGCAGAAAAAUGUUCAAAUGAGUUUAGAGGUUAAAGUGGAAAAAGCAAAAGGAUUUCACGCUUUCUUCGUUCCAUUAUGUAAGAAUUUACCACCCGCUCCACCUUGUUCUCCUGUCGGUUCACAUGGAAACGGAAACGGAAUAUUAAAGCAGAGGGACGACGAUAACCAGAAUAACGGUGUCAGUGGCUUUGGUGGAAAUGGGAAUGAUAACGCAAGUGGGAUUGGGAACCUUACAGAAAUGGAUUAUUUUGGUCAAUGGAAUAAAAGGAAAGAAAACGAUCAAUGGGUUGAAGAUGUUACAACCUCGUUAUCGGAAGGAAUGGACAUUGAUGCUAAUUAG